AUGCCUCUUGAGGAUGCGGCGUUUGGUCGGCACUUCGUGCCUGAUGACGGACCUGCUGCUGAGGUCUUGGCUCGCAAACGCGCCGCCACCUAUCAGCGCCUCACCAUGCAGCUGACGCUGGAAGCGCUCUUGUCUGGUGCGAGGCGCAUGACGCCCUUGCGGGCGCAAGCACUCCUCGAGCCAGAGGACAGCUCCUCCUCGGACUUUGUCGAGUCGCCCGAGGAGUCUUCGCCGGAGGUCUCCGACUCCGAUGGGGGACACCCUUCGAGUGGCCCCGACGAUGGGCGCGGAGCUGGCGACUCGGAGGCGUCUCCGUCCCUCACUGUGACGUCGGGUGCCUCCGGAGAGCUCGACACGACUGGGCGCUCGAUGCCUCUUGAGGAUGCGGCGUUUGGUCGGCACUUCGUGCCUGAUGACGGACCUGCUGCUGAGGUCUUGGCUCGCAAACGCGCCGCCACCUAUCAGCGCCUCACCAUGCAGCUGACGCUGGAAGCGCUCUUGUCUGGUGCGAGGCGCAUGACGCCCUUGCGGGCGCAAGCACUUCUCGAGCCAGAGGACAGCUCCUCCUCGGACUUUGUCGAGUCGCCCGAGGAGUCUUCGCCGGAGGUCUCCGACUCCGAUGGGGGAAACCCUUCGAGUGGCCCCGACGAUGGGCGCGGAGCUGGCGACUCGGAGGCGUCUCCGUCCCUCACUGUGACGUCGGGUGCCUCCGGAGAGCUCGACACGACUGGGGUGCUUGCUGCUGGUCCGAGCUCGCCUGCUUCCUCCCCGGCAUCGGUCGGGUCAAUGCCUCUUGAGGAUGCGGCGUUUGGUCGGCACUUCGUGCCUGAUGACGGCCCUGCUGCUGAGGUCUUGGCUCGCAAACGCGCCGCCACCUAUCAGCGCCUCACCAUGCAGCUGACGCUGGAAGCGCUCUUGUCUGGUGCGAGGCGCAUGACGCCCUUGCGGGCGCAAGCACUUCUCGAGCCAGAGGACAGCUCCUCCUCGGACUUUGUCGAGUCGCCCGAGGAGUCUUCGCCGGAGGUCUCCGACUCCGAUGGGGGACACCCUUCGAGUGGCCCCGACGAUCGGCGCGGAGCUGGCGAGGCGUCUCCGUCCCUCACUGUGACGUCGGGUGCCUCCGGAGAGCUCGACACGACUGGGGUGCUUGCUGCUGGUCCGAGCUCGCCUGCUUCCUCCCCGGCAUCGGUCGGGUCACGCCGGUCCUUGGGCAUUGCUGCGGCGUCGCCGCCGUCACGGGCGGCUACCACUGACUCGGCUACCGCUGACUCGGAGGCUAGCGAGGAGGACUACCUCGAGCGGUACCGUGUUCCUGUGUCCAGCCUCCCUCCGUCCGCUGCCCCUGGCGGACCCCCGGGCAGCGCCGGCUCCUUGUCGGCGGCUGCCCUUUCUCCGUCCGCGGCCGCCCGCUUUGUGGCGGCAGCGGACGUCUCGACUGACAGUGGUCAGUCGGCUGCCUCCGGGUAUCGCGUCUAA